AUGGAAACGUUGGCGGGAAAGGUGUCUUUGCGACGGAACCACAAGUUAGCCUUUAUCGCUGUUCCCCGAGUCGGAAACAGACCCCGCGUCACCCAAAUCGUCCCAGUAAACGCUACCGCUGUUGCUGCACCGACCUCAUUAUUUGAGAAGUAUCGUAGGGUUUACAAGAUAGGCAUCGUAUUCCUUUACCUCAGCGCCAUUCACAACGUGUCGUCGGCCGUUGUCAAGUGCUUGUACGUCCAUGACGCCAUAGCGCUAAUCAACACUGUGUCCCUCAGCGUCAGAGUCAUCUGCUCCACCCUGACGGCACACCUCUUCUACGCCGUCUACCCAGCGGUCGCGAAUUUCUUCGCUAAGGAACAGGCGAGUGACCCCGAACUGUACAAGACAAACAGGCGUCGUCUUCGCACAAAGACAGUCGUCGUAAGCGCGCUCGUGGUGGGGUACGGAAUCAGCACACUGCUCCUGCAAAGUCUCAAGCUCCAGUUUUUGGGACUCCGAGCAUAUUUCUUGGAAGAAAUCUACUUCAUCGACAUCGAGAACGUUGCGAUCGGCGAAGCUGUCCUGUCCCUGCUCGCUGUCCUCCACUUUUUGGCGUACGACAUCUGUAAUUUGUUUGUGCCCACAGCGUGUAUCGUUGUGUACAUGCGAAUUUGCGACUGGUGCAGGCUCAAAGUUUGCCAGUUCAGAAACAUCGUGCAGAGCUGCACCCGUGAAGAAUCCAUUCUUCCGCCUCACAUCCAGGACCUGCAAGAGCGGUACUCCUCGCUCUGGAACUCAAUCCAAGACUUGGACCACCAGUUCUGCUUAGCUGUCUUUCUCUGGUACAUCGACUUUGUCCUCAACAUAAUCAUGAAAGUGCGCGUUCUCUACUAUACUGGCACGGACUUCAACGUGUUUUACGCCCUUUCCGUCUACGUUCAACUCGCAUACAUAGGCUUCGUGUUCUUGCUCAUUUCAGUAUCGGCGUCUAACAUUGUUGUAGAGGCUAGGCAUAUCAACUAUGAUAUUUGCCAGUUGGUGUGCAGGUUGCCGACGGGAGACUGGCACACCUGCAAUCAGAUUAUGCUGCUUCAGGAGGAGAUAGCUAGCUGCAAGUUGGCUUUUACGGGUUGGAAUUGCUUUAAUGUUGACAGGUCCUUCAUUCUUGCUGUGAUUGGCGCAAUCGUGACGUACGCUGUCGUGCUACAACAACUCACAUGA